GUUCGGGUCAUGCGCUCCGAAUUCGCCCUCUCCAGCCUACACAUUGGCACAUUAUACAGGGACUGGAAAAACAGCUUUGAAGAGCGCCGCCUCCUGAUAUCACACCCCCUCAUUUAAACGAAUAAAUAAAGCCCGACUCACACUGGCAUCAGAUUCGCACUGAAAGUAAAGAAAAAGUGGCGAAAUUUAAAUCCGUCCGCACGUGCUGAGAACUUCGGUCGUGCAAAGGACCGCGCUCAGUGACUGCAGAAGGUGCUGGACUCGUUCCAGCGGCGCUGCAUAUGCUCACCCCUGUUUGUGCGUAUCUCUAAGGGGAAACCUGACUGGCGCAUCGUCUACCCCCGCAUCACCUGCCCAGAUCGGACAGCGACAGACAGCCACACUGCUCUCCUGACCCGUCUCAGCUGAACGCAAGGAGGCUUGAGGAGACAAACCCCAUGCUUGCUGACCACGCGACGGAUUAAUUCGACAUCCAUAAAAUGGUGUAUGCUUUUAUCACGUUGCUCUGUGGUCUAGGCGCAGUGGGGUGCCUUCCCUUGUCCCCAAUUAAAGAUGAGAAGGUUACUGACUGUGUGAUGGAGGUGCCAUCAGGGUCUCUGAACAGUGACAGUGACAAUUUGCAGGUUGCCUGUGCCACCAAACUGCAGUCAGGGGAGACAUUGGAUGCUGCACAGAGACACCAGGGUUUGUUGAGAGAGCUGCAGGAGCUGGCCCAGAAUGAGAAAGAAAAAGAGAAGGAAUACCAGAGAGAGAACAUUGAUCAUGAGAAAAACAAAAUGGAGGGAGAGAGUGAAGGGGGUGAGGAAGAAGAGUCUGUGUACACCAAGACUGAGGUGACGGGGGAAAAUAAUCUGGAGCAAGGGGACCAGGAGGAGGAAGUGAUAGAGGAGCACAGACUGGAGGUAAGGAAAAGGGAGGAUGAGGAGGAUAGAGAGCUGGAAGAGCUGCUUGAGGAGGAGUUAAAAAAGAGAGGGAGUGAAAAAAGAAGUGACAAGGAGGUAGAGGAGUUGCUGGUGGACCUGAAAAAGAAAAAGAGUGAGACCAAGAAAGAAGAAGAGUUGGAGGAGGCCAAAAAUAAGAGGGGGAAUGAAAAAAGAAGUGACAGGGAGGAGGUAGAGAAGUUACUGGAAGACCUGAAAAAGAGUAGGAGCAAGACUGAAAAGGAGGAGUUGGAAGAGUUGCUUGAAGAGGAAAUUAGGAAGAGAGGGGCUGAGAAAAGGAGUCAUGGGGAGGAGGUAGAGGAGCUACUGGAAGACCUGAAAAAGAGAAGCAGUAAGACUGAGAAGGAGGAGAAGCUGGAGGAGUUGCUUGAGGAGGAAAUUAGAAAGAGAGGGACUGAGAAAAGGAGUCAUGGGAAGGAGUUAGAGGAGUUACUAGAAGACCUGAAAAAGAGAAGGAGCAAAACUGAGAAGGAGGAGGAGCUGGAGGAGUUGCUUGAGGAGGAAAUUAGAAAGAGAGGGACUGAGAAAAGGAGUCAUGGGGAGGAGGAAGAGGAGCUACUGGAAGAUCUGAAAAAGAGAAGCAGUAAGACUGAGAAGGAGGAGGAGCUGGAGGAGUUGCUUGAGGAGGAAAUUAGAAAGAGAGGGACUGAGAAAAGAAGUCAUGGGGAGGAGGUAGAGGAGCUACUGGAAGACCUGAAAAAGAGAAGGAGCAAAACUGAGAAGGAGAAGGAGCUGGAGGAGUUGCUUGAGGAGGAAAUUAGAAAGAGAGGUACUGAGAAAAGGAGUCAUGGGGAGGAGGUAGAGGAGCUACUGGAAGACCUGAAAAAGAGAAGCAGUAAGACUGAGAAGGAGGAGGAGCUGGAGAAGUUGCUUGAGGAGGAAAUUAGAAAGAGAGGGACUGAGAAAAGAAGUCAUGGGAAGGAGGUAGAGGAGUUACUGGAAGAUUUGAAAAAGAGGAGUAAGACUGAGGAGGAGGAGCUAGAGGAGUUGCUUGAGGAGGAAAUUAGAAAGAGAGGUACUGAUAAAAGGAGUCACAGGCAGGAGUUAGAGGAGUUACUGGAAGACCUGAAAAAGAGAAGGAGUAAGACAAGGAAAGAGGAGGAGCUGGAGGAAUUGCUUGAGGAGGAAAUUAGAAAGAGAGGAACUGAGAAAAGGAGUCAUGAGAAGGAGGAAGAGGAGUUAUUAGAAGACCUGAAAAAGAAAAGGAGCAAGAUGGAAGAAGAGGUGGGGGAGGCCGAAAAGAAAAAAGGGAGUGAAAAAUGGAGUGAGGAAGGCAAGAAUGAACUACAGUUUUUGGAAGAUGAGAAAAAUCGAGAGAGGAAGCUGGAAGAACUACUUGAAGAGAUGGAGGUUAAAAAGAAGAGGAGUCAAGCAGAAGAAAAGCUGGAAGAGCUGAUGAGAGCGCUGAAGCACGUGAAAGAGCAUGAGCGAGAGAGGGCACGAGAGAGAGAGGUCAUGAAAGAGAGGGAGAGAGAGCUGGAGGAGCUGAAGAAGGAGGAGAAGAAGAAGACCGAGGAGGAGAGAGAGCCACAGAAGAAGCGCGUGAUGGAGAAGGCCUCUGAUGAAGCUACCCAUCAGUUCGACAGAGAGCUCUUUCACAGCCACGGCCACAGCACAGAGAAAGAUCUAGAGGAGGAAGAGGAGGAACAUGAAGAGAAGGCAGACAGAAAGGAGCUGCUGGAGAUCGAGGCCGGGCUGCGCAGAGUGGCUGCGGAGCUGCAGGAGCUGCGCAGAGGCUGAGUGAUGACUGGGACAGGCAGCACACAACACAUACUCCAGAACACUGAUAAACACUGAUAAACACUGAAAAACACUGAUAAACACCAAAAAACACUAUAAACACUGAAAACAUUGAUAAACACUGAUAAACACCAAAAACCACCAUUCAGCACGGAAAAACACUGGUAUGUGAAAAUAAUCCACUGAUAAACACAGAAGAACAUGGAUACACCUGGGAAAACACUGACAAACAUGUUAGCAACUGUGUCCUUAAGCACUGGUCCUCAGGGAGCAAGAAGCUUUUCACUCAAACUUUGUUAAUGUAAUUCAAUCAAUCCACAGGCUUAAUUGGAUGAGCUCAAGCCCUCUUAGCUAUAAGUAAACAAAAAAUCCAGUACACCAUAGCCAUCUAAGACUAGUGCUGAGGGACCUGUCAAUAAUCACUGAGGUUAACUUAUUCAUGCACCACAUACAACACACUCUUACACAUGCUCCGCUGUAUAUAUAUAUACUGUUCUAUUACUGCCAAUAUACUGUAUAUGCACCCAGACUCAAAGAUCUAUUACACUUAAAUGGCUGUACUGUACUUGUGAAAAUGUUCACCAACUGUAGUUUACCAGAGUAAAGCAAUGCAAAAUCUCAGAAUGGGACGUUAUUGCAAAACAUGAAGUUAGCAGAGGAAUAAAAGUGGAUUUCAUCACCUGGGAAACACAUAGUACUGUGCACCUUUUCUGCCAAGCGUCAGAUACAAUCAUACACACAUGCUGAAGUGUAGAGGCAAAAUAAGCACAUGCAGAAACACACACACAUACACACACACACGCAAACACAAGCACACACACACACACACACACACAAGCUUCUCAACAUACCCAUUUUCCCUAUCCUUUACAACCAUGCCAACCUUAUGUGUGUCUGUCUCUCAUGCUGGUUGGAUAUUGUCUCUUGUCUUCUAAUGGCAAAGAUGCUUAAGCAAACAAGACAUUCAACUCCAGUAGGCAGGGCGUCAGCUUCCAUCCCACUUCCACUGACUCUGUGAAUGCUGGUUUACAGGGGUACCAAGAUGAGCAGAGUGAAUUUUAAGCACAGCCAGAGAUGAGUGGUUGGUUCUCCCGACCGUGUGUUCUCAACGGCAAACAAGCAAUGACUUUUUAAAACGACCAUAAACUUACAGUAGUGGUGUGCCAAGACGCUUUUCAACAAGCAUCAGAGAAACUCCAGCAUGACACGACCAAAUUAAAUAAAGCAGAUCAGUAUCAGCAUAAUGUAUUCAUAGAGACCAGAGACAAAAAUCCAAGCACCACCUGCUCUUUACUGCACAUGCUUAAGCUUCUCUUUGUUUGAGAUCAUUAUUCAGUGUAAUGGGAUGGAAGUUCCUGCAGAAAAAAAAAUGUUUUGCAUCCAUGCUUGCUAAAUAUCAUUAUCAAUUACUAUUAUUGUGACUGUUAUUAUAAUAAUGGUAUUGUAAUAUGUGAAAUUUACUGAGAGUAGAAUAGCACUAGAGGACUGUCUAGUCUCUGGCUCAAGCACUGUUACUCAGACUGUUAUGAAGAACUAGAGUCUCACCAGGGGCAUCAUGGGACAUUCUACAGCCCAUACAAUAAUACCACUGCAAUCAGACCAAACCUUAUGUGAAGUUCCUUCCAGCUAGAGCUGCACUGGAGCUCUGCAUUGUGCACAAAAAGUGGGACACUUUUAGAGACCGCAGUGUUGUAAUGAGAGGUGUAUUAUUGUCCUGUAUGAAUGACCACCACAAUUAAGGUGAAUGACUCUACUUCUUUCUCCACUUUGUGCUGGACUUUACCUACUACCAGCAAGUCAAAGCCAAGACAAAGAAGGGAAAUGAUACAGCCAUCAUUUAUCUAUCGCUUUUCAAACUUUUGUAAUGUAUCGGGUGUUUAUCAUUAAUUAAUCAAUAAUAUUCAGUUGUCUUGCAUCCUGUGCGCACUUUUGGCUUUUAACAGACAGCACAUGAGAAUCACUGUAACCAAAGUGUAAUGAGAGAGAGAAAUGUUUGACAAAAGUGCCCCUCUGUGGUGGAUCAGGGUAUUGUCAGUCCACUGUUCUGCAGCUGGGAGCUGGUUGAGGUUUCUAUCUUCCUAAAGGAAAUACUAUACACUCAAACAACACUCUUUUUGGAACAUAUACAAUCUAUAUAACCUAUAUACUCUUCAUAUGUAGAACAUAUAGAAAUAUUAGACAAAAUAGAUGCAUCUAUAAAUAUAUUUUGAUAAGUGGUUAAUUACAGGGAAGGAAAUGCUGGAAUAAUACAAAUUUAGGGUAUUAGUAUUAUUAUAAUUUAUUUUUUACAAUACAUACAUUAUAUAAAUAUAUAUGUCCUGGAAUGUGAUCACUAUUGCAGCAAUAUAUUUUCUCUUUGGUUAAACCACCAUAAAACUUAAUAAGUGUUAAGUCUAAUAAAACUGAAUUACUGAAGAAUGUAAAACAUUUAAAAGGUGUAUUACCACAAAUUGACUCCCUACCAGUUUUGUGAAUUUGAAAUUUUUUAAUUAAAUACUGCCUUCUGAAAAUACAUUAUGUUCUACAAGUAGACCACUUGCUGGAGAUUCACUUAGAAGCAACCAAUGCGCUUUAUUGGACAAGUGGUCCAUAUACCUGUUUAAAAAAAUGUUUUCCUCAGGGAGACAGAGGUCAAAGGUUAAAGCUAGAUGUGACAAAGAGGCUGCAAUGCCUGACAGAUGGAUAACGGGAGUUUUCACUGGCCAAUCAAAGUCCUGCAUUUGUGCCUGCUAUGUCUUCUAUGCCCAUGGUUUUAAAAUUGUUCCUGGAAGCCCACCCUGUUUGCUGGCUUUUGUCUCAGCCAAUAUCAUUUGAUUAAAAUGGCUGAACGACAUGUUUCCGUUGUAACACCAUUUUGUUCUUUAAUCUUUCCAGCAUGUGCAGAUUUAGCACACUGACACUUUGUCUGUCAUUAAACUAAAUAGUUUCAGUGACUAGGUGGCCACACUUUCAGCAAUUAGGACCCAAGUGAGUUCACCAUUACAGAAAAUGAGUGCACUUGUAGAUGUGACUGAUUAAAAGUCCUGGGAUAUGACAUUUGAGAUUGCUUUGUUAUGGCUAUUUCUGGCAUACUGCAACCUUUAAAGGGUAAAUUAUCCUCCAGUAGACAUUAGGUGUCUAAUUAAGGACAGUUAACAGCUGAAUGCUAUUCAAAGUUGUGAUUAUGGCAGGAACAAAAGUCAGCUUACAUGGUGGGUUCUCAGGAUUGUGUUGGAAACCCCCUGUUCUUCGCUAUUUUUACCUGUCAAUCAAUAAACAGCACAGUUAAAACAAA